UAAUAACCUGUUUUGUGCUUUGGAGAUAUGGAAGACAUUGUAAUUGUGUUCGACUUCGACAAGACCAUCAUAGAACUAGACAGCGACAAUUGGGUCGUCGAUGAAUUGGGUGCUACCGAUUUGUUCAAUCAACUCCUUCCCACCAUGCCUUGGAACACCCUCAUGGAUGUGAUGAUGAAUGAGCUUCAUUCACGUGGGAAAACCAUUGCCGAUAUUGUCAAUGUGCUCAGCCGUUCUCCGAUACAUCCCCGCGUCAUUCCCGCAAUCAGAACCGCUUAUGCUCUGGGGUGUGAUUUGAGGGUAGUAAGUGAUGCCAAUUUGUUCUUUAUCGAAACCAUUCUGAACAGUCUCGGGAUUCGUCAAUGUUUUUCGGAGAUCAAUACGAAUCCCGGCUACGUUGAUGAUGAGGGAAGAUUAAGGAUUUCUCCUUAUCAUGAUUUUCAUUCUUGCUCUCAUGGCUGCGAUCUUUGCCCACCAAACAUGUGCAAGGGUAAGAUAAUAGAGAAAAUGCAAGCUUCAUUAGUGGAGGAAGAGAUGUCUAUGAAGAAGAAGAGGAUCAUCUAUCUUGGUGAUGGAGCUGGAGACUUUUGCCCGAGUUUGAGAUUGAGAGAAGGAGUUGAUUUCAUGAUGCCAAGGAAGAACUUCCCUGUUUGGGAUUUGAUUUGCAAGAACCGGAUGCUUGUCAAGGCAGAGGUGCAUGAGUGGAAUGAUGGAGAAGAAUUGGAGAGGGUUUUGCUCUUCUUAAUUCAUAAGAUCAGCUUGGAACAAGAAGAAGAGGCACUACUACAUUCAAUCACCACCGAAGUUAGGUUGCUCGAUAGGAUGCCUCCAUGCCCAAGACUCAAUUUAACAAUUUGAAAUAUGCAUGUAUCU